AUCAGCUUGUGACGAAUUAUAGUGUCACAUAUUUUAAAGAAGAUCAAUUUAGAUCUAUACCUCUAAACAAAAAAAAAAGUUUUUCCUUAAUUUUAUGUAAAAAAAAAACCUAACAAUGUCAGGUAAUACAGGGACAUCCUCACAUCAAUCAAAAAAAGUUGUGACUAAAGAUGAUUGGGUUAAGAAAUUAGAAGACGUUAAAAUUGAUAAAAAUGAUCUUAAUAAACUUAUAAUGAAUUAUUUCGUGAUCGAAGGAUAUAAAGACGCUGCCGAAACGUUCAGUCAAGAGUGUGGUCUAUUACCAAGCAUUGAUGUUGAUUCUAUACAAGAUCGUAUGAAUAUUCGAAAUGCCAUACAAAAUGGAAAUGUUGAAGAAGCAAUUGAACGUGUAAAUGAUUUAAAUCCAGAGAUAUUGGAUACAAAUCCAAAAUUAUAUUUUCAUCUCCAACAGCAACGAUUAAUAGAAUAUAUUCGUGAAGGAAAAAUAGCUGAAGCUUUAGAAUUUGCUCAAGACGAAUUGGCUCCUCGUGGAGAAGAAAAUCCAGAAUUCUUAGAAGAACUGGAACGCACUAUGGCAUUAUUAGCAUUUGACGAUACAACAGUUUCUCCCGUUGGUGAUUUACUACAUCCCUCACAACGUCAACGAACAGCGAGUGAAUUAAAUGCAGCAAUCUUAACUUCACAAAGUCAAGAGAAAGAUCCCAAAUUACCGAACAUGUUAAAAAUGUUGUUCUGGGCUCAAGAUGAAUUGGAUGAAAAGGUUUUAUUUCCUAAAAUGAAAAAUCUUGUCACUGCGGAGCUGGUUGAAGGUAACAAUAAUAAUAAUAACACGACAAAUUCGGGAAAUAAUUUUUUGUCUACUUAAUAAUGGAAAAGAAUUUGAAAAGAUUAUUUUAUCUUUUUCCUUCCUUUCUUUUUCUUUUCCUUUUUCCUUUUUUGUUUUAUUUAUUUUAUGGAUAUUUACAAUUUAUUUUACAAUAAGAUAACCUUUUUUAUUCGUAGUUAAAAAUAUUAAGAACUACGGGAACACGGCCAUUAGAAAAAUUGGUAGAUAUUCAGAAAUGCGUUAUUAAUUUGAAAUAGUUUGAAGGGGGGAGGGGGUUUUUUCCGAAAAUAAUUUUAUUAAAAUUCUGUAAUAUGAAAGAUGAACAAAAAACGUAUAUAUAAUAUAUAUAUAUAUAUAUUAU